ACUUGUUGAAAUUGCAUAGGGUUGUCCCAUUUGUAAAUUUCAUUUUAAUUAAUAAUCAGAUUGGAAUAAUAGCAUUUACCAUCAUGUUAGAUGGGAAAGAAAAUUCCGUAAGAUGAGGAAUAGCAGCAAACUAGAAACACAGAAAUGGAAACAGGGCUCAGUAGCUGGCUGACCGUAUCAAUAUUUAUUAAUGUGACUGUCAGUAUCUUAAGACCCUUAAUCUGCCUGCUGUAUAAUCAUCAUCAAAGGCAGUCUCCUGUGUGAGAACCUGGUAUAUUUGACAGGAGUGGGGACAGCUGAUAGGGCUUUUAUUUUCUUGGAUACUGGUGUGUCGUUUUUGCUUGGCUGCCUGUUAAGUGACUUUCCUACAGCAUGGCCUGCCCUCUGACAGUACUUCACUUCAUCUCCCAACACAGUCCUAUUGGAUGGAUUCUGUUAGAAAACGUUACACCUAGACCACAUUUAAGACUCAAGAGCUGUGGUUCUUGGGUCUACACAGUGAGAAGUUAGCUUGGCCAGAACCAAAAAUUGUGGUUUAGGAAUUCACCCCGUGACUGCUUUAGUGUAGUGAGAGUGUCUGUCCAUGGAAUGCCCAAUGUAAUUGAAGAAAGCCUGGCGUCAGGCAAGGUCGGGAGGGAGCAAAGGUUCCUUUCCAAGAAGGGAGUCCUAAAUACUAAGGUGGUAAGGCUACAUUACCCUCAAAUUGUGACUUCCUCCACUCUAAAACCCGACACCACGCACUGGCCACCUUCCUCCCUCAGCACACUAGCGACCAGCCCAGCUGCUGCUAUGAAUGAGCGGAGGCUCUGGGUGCCCGCAGGUGCCCGGCCGGAAGUCCCGCCCAGCGGAUGUCAACCUGGCUCGGGUUGGGUGGGAAACCCAGUCAGGCGUGGUAGUCCGGGUUCCCUCGGGGAAGAGCUGCUGCGGGGCUGACCAGCUUCGCGGCUCCAGGGUGAGGGCCACAGCCUCUGCCUCCCGGUUUCGGGGGUUGCCUCAGCUCAGCCCAACCUUGCCUGUUGCCUUCUGGGGCAGGUGGGCUCCUGCCCUCAGAGCUAUGGUGCUGGCGUGGCCCUGCCCAACUGGCUCACCUCAGGGGACGGAGUGAGCCGAGGGCCAGGCCGCGCUGGCCACAACCUGUGUGAGAAAAGAGCGCCACGCCCUGAGUAGUCGGGCGUACGUCCGGUACGCCGGUGCCGCUGCCGGUGACCGCGGGGUGUGGACAGCGGCGGUCCCCAGGGCAUUUCGUUUGUGAGAACCACGACAGCACCACGUGUCCCGGGAACCUCCACCGAAGCGCGAGCCUUGGGAACCGGGGGGUUGCCCCCGUGAGGCCUGCCAGAGCCGGGCUUGGGAGCAGUGCCCGGUGCCCCGCGGAGAACUGUGGAGAAACGCCUGUGGGACCGCCCGCCCUUGUCGUCAGCUCUUUAGUAUAUGUGCUACUGAAGCAAGCAUACUGCCUAGAAUAUUUCUUAGAAGCUGAUCUUACUAAAAAUGCCCUGUCUUCUAGAUGAAAUAUAAGGAAAAAAGACAAACAUGGAAAGUGAGAACACAAAGAAAAUACAAGGUUUCUCUGUGUAAUAGUCCUGGCUGACCUGCAACUGUAGACCUGGAUCUGUAGACCAGACUGGACUCAGAGAUCCACCUGUCUCUGCCUCCCAAGUGCUGAGAUUGAUUAAAGGUGCACCACCAUGCCUGCCUCUACCCCACUUUUUUGAGAUAGGAUUUCUCUGUAGUUCUGACUGUAUAGGAACUCACAAUGUAGACCAGGCUGGCCUUGAACUCACAGAGGCCUGCCUCUGCCUCCCAAGUGCUGAGAUUAAAGGUGUGCACCACCACUGCCCUGCUUCCAUACUGUAUCUUAAUGAGCUUUCUUGCAAGAUGGUAUAUUAGCAUGAAGGAAAUUAUUAUGUCAUAGCAUACAUAUUGACACCUACUUUGUGCCUGUCAUAUAAUUCCUGGCAUAAAGAAGCAGACAUGGGAAAUAUCAUGCUGAUACUUAGAGUGCCAUAUGAGCCAGGCAUGGUAGAUCAUUGCCUUUAAUCCCAGCACUCAGGAGCAGAGACAGAUCUCUGAGUUCAAGGCCACUUGGUUUACAUAGUUUUAGGCCAGCCAGGAAUAUAUAGUGAGACUAUUGGGGAGGGGGGACAUAGAUAGUUGAUUUGCUUGGCAGAAUAUGAAAGAACAAUGGUCCCUAGACACGGUGGCUCAUUAUUGUGAGGGUGCUGUCAGCAAUAUAGAUGGAUAUGUUUGUGACUGUCUACAGUGUCAGAAUUGGCUUUUUGAGUCAGGCUUUCAUGUGGUCCAAGCUGACCUCAAGCUCAUCAUGUGGCAUAGGAUGACCUUAAACUUCUGAUCUACCUGCUCCCAAGCCUCAAGUGCUGGGAUUAUAGGUAUUUGCUGUAAUGACUGUUUUGUGUAGUUUUGGAGAUUGAAACUGGAGCUUUUGAAAUUGAAACUAGGCAAGUGUUUUACCAACUGAACUAUAUCCCCAACCCAGAAUUUAUUGACUAUCAGCAAGUUCACAAGGUAUAAUGGCUUCAUUGGCAUUGAUUUGCUACAUAGUGCCACUUUAAUUAAUAGCCUGCCCAGUCAAAACCAGGUUCUGUUGUUCCAUUUUCAACUACUAAUAUUAACUCUCAGAUCACACAUUGCAUAUCACAUAGUAAACCUGUUUGUCUAUCUGACUACAAAAGGUUAAAGAGGCCUCAGCAGAAUUCAAGAAGUUUUGUUUUGGGGUUUUUGUUUGUUUUUAUUUUUAUUCUUUAUUUUUCAAGGCAGGGUUUCUCUGUGUAGCCCUGGCUGUCCUGGAACCCACUUUGUAAAGCAGGAUGACCCUGAACUCAGAGAUCUGCCUGCCUCCUAGUGCUGGGAUUAAAGUCAUGCACCACUACACCAGGCUUCAAGAAGUUUUAAAGAGGGCUGAGAAGUAGAAGCUGGGAAGCUGUAUAGGGAUGCAAAGAUAAUGAACGUGGCUCGAAGUCUGCUGUAGACCUUGCUGCUGCAUAGUCAGGACAUAGCAAGAUUAAACCAGCCUGGGCCAUAUUAAGACUAGGUAGGUAGGUAGGUAGGUAGGUAGAUAGGUAGCAGGCUAAAGCUAUUCGGAGGUUGGUGAGAUGGCUCAGUGGGUAGAGAUCAUUAAACCUGACAACGUGAGUUUGUUCUCCAGGAUCCACAUAGUAGAAGGAAAGAACCAACUCCCACAGUUAUCUUCUGACCUCUACCCAUCCCCAUAUAUACUAAUUUUAACAAUUUUAUGUAUAUGGCUAUUUUGUUUGCAUGUAUAUUCGCACCACUUGUAUACCUAGUGCCCACAGAAGUUAGAAGGCUACAUCAGAUCCCCUGAAACUAGAGUUACAGACAGCUGUGAGCAGCCAUGCAGAUCCUGGGAUCAAUCUCAGAGGAUGAACACAAAUUCCUAUUGAAUAUCUGGUUUGAAAAUAUUUCCUUCUAGAUUGAGCUGCUUUUGCAUUCUACAUAAAUCUACAUAGCAGUUUUAAAUUUUAAGCCAGGUAUGAUGGUAAGCAUGCCUUUAAUCCCAGCCCUGGAGAAGUAGAGGCAGGCAGAUCUUUGCAUGUUCAAGUCCAGCCUGGUCUAUAUAGUGAGACCCUGUCUAAAACAAACAAACAAAAAACAACAACAAAAACCAGCCAGAUGGUGGUAGUGCAUACCAUUAAUACCAGCACUCAGGAGGCAAGAAGACAGAGGCAGGUGGAUCUCUAUGAGUUUGAGGCCAGCCUGGUCUACAGAGCGAGUUCCAGGACAACCAGGGCUACACAGAAACACUGUCUUGGAAACAAAAACAAAACAAAACAAAAUAAAAACUUAAAAUUUUAGGUCUAUUCUGUCAUGUUUUCUUUUAUUGCUUGUUGCUUUUGGUAUUGUGUGCACUUCAGUUUUUGUUUCUUUCUUUGAGGAUUGAAGAAACUAGGUUGCUCAGCCCAAAAAAGGUUAAAUCAAGAUGAAAUGUGAUAAUUGUAUAUGAAAGAAGGUACUUUGGCUAAAAAGGGAAAGAGCACACGAUAGGAAAUCUUUUUAAAAAAAAAUUAUUUAUUUAUUUGUAUUUUAUGUGCAUUGGUGUUUUGCCUACAUGUAUAUCUGUAUGAGGGUGCUGGAUCCUCUGUAACCAGAACUAUAGACAGUGUGAGCUGCCAUGUGGGUGCUGGGAAUUGAACCUGGGUCCUCUGGAAGAGCAGCCAGUGCUCUUAACCUCUGAGCCAUCUCUCCAGUCCCAUGAUAGGAAAUCUUAAAGUCUGAGGAAGAAGUGCUGAAGGGAAUGGAGGAGUAAGUCCUACAUAAUGCCCAGAACUGAAAAGUACUAUACCCUAUUUGAAAUUUUCUUUGGCGUGUUGUUAAUGUGACAUUAAUAUCCAUACAAACUUACUAUCUCGUUGAUUUGUUAAUGUAUACAAUAAUCAUGAAUAAAUGUUGGCUUUUGCCCAUAGUCAACUCAGUAAUAACCUUUGUACUAUAUAUUGUUCCUAACAAAUUGCAUAACGGGGCUGGAGAGAUGGCUCAGCAGUUAAGAGCACUGGCUGCUCUUCUAGAGGACCCUGGUUCAAUUUCUAGGACCCUGGUUCAAUUUCCAGCACCCCACGGCAGCUCACAACUGUCUGUAACUCCAGUUCCAGGGAUUCUGGUAUCCUCACACAGACAUACAUGCAGAAAAAACACCAAUGCACAUAAAAACUAAAUUUAAAGAAUUGCAUCACAAAUUGUCUCAUUGAAACAAAUUGCCAGGUAAUUUUUUUAAAGUAGAAGACUAAAUAGUGAUUGAUAUGUCAUAGAUUUUUGUAGUAUGUGCCUUUUUAUUUUUAAGUCUACCAUUGUAAAUGUUAGUUCAAGACUUAUGUCAAAGAAGGCAAGAUGGCUCAGCUGGUAAAGGCUCUUGCUGCCACGUCUGACAACCUGAGUUUGAUCCCUGGGACCCACAUGGUAGAAGAAGAGAACAGAUUCCUACAUUAUCCUCUGACUUCUGCAUGUGCCUCCUUACAAAUAAAUAAAUGAAUGAAUAAUUUAAUGUAAUAAAAUAUUUUUAAAGCCAAAAUAAAAGAAAUGAAAACUUUAAAAAACAAAACAACACCUAUAAAUCAUUUAAUUUACCGAGUAAAAGGAUUUGAGUUUAGUUUGAUAUGUUAUAUUGACUGACUUUCAAUAUAACAUGUCUUUCAAAUAAGAAAUCCAUGUUGUAUUCCUUGAAUAAACCAACUUGUGCAAUGAUAUAUUGGUUUUUUGUUUGUUUGUUUGUUUUGUUUUGUUUUGUUUUUGUUUUUUUCGAGACAGGGUUUCUCUGUGUAGCUUUGCGCCUUUCCUGGAACUCACUUGGUAGUCCAGGCUGGCCUUGAACCCACAGAGAUCCACCUGGCUCUGCCUCCUGAGUGCUGGGAUUAAAGGCGUGCUCCACCACCGCCCGGCCUGAUAUAUUGUUAAUAUACCAUUAUUAAUAUAUUGUCAACUUACUAAAAUAUAUUUUUUUUACAUGUAUGUUCAUGAGGGAUAUUGGUCUAUAUCUUUCUAAUGGUUUUGGUUUUGAUACAAAGGUAAUGCCUGUAGCAUGAAUCUUAAAGAGUCUUAUUAAUAAAAUCAAACCUGAGCCAGGUAUUGGGGUGAAUGCUGGAAGAUCAGAGAAGCAGAACAAGCCACAGCUACUUCACCUUGCCAAUUCCUCAGCUGAUCCUGUUUCCUCAGACUGGAAGCCUCUGAGUCCUCAUCCAGAAUGGGUCUCAGCUGAACUGCUGCUCAAAAGCCUAGAAGCUUAAUCAGCCAAAUGCUGCUAGUUCCUGGUCUCCAUGCCUUAUAUACCUUUCUGCUAUCUGCCAUCACUCCCUGGGAUUAAAAGCUCACUUCUUGGGAUUAAAGGUGUGAGUCACUAUGCCUGGCUGUUUCCAAUGUGGCCUUGAACUCACAGAGAUCCAGAGGGAUUUCUGCCUCUGGAAUGCUAGGAUUAAAGGUGUGAGUGCCACCAUUUUCUAGCCUCUGUGUCUAGUGGCUGUUCCGUUCUCUGACCCCAGAUAAGUUUAUUAGGGUGUACAAUAUUUUGGGGAACACAAUACCACCACAAAUGCCAACCUCAAAAUAAGUUGGGAAGCCAAGCAUAGUGGUGUGCCCCUGAUUACUGAAGAGGCUGAAGCAUGAGGAUCUUAAGUUUGAGAUCAGCGUAUAGUAUAGUAAAACCUACUUUUAAUUAGGAAAUAAGCUUUGAGGUACUGUUUAACCUUUUAGAUACUAUUUCUUCUUUAAAUGUUUGGUGGAGUUUUCAAAUGAAAUCAUCUGAAAAUGGAAUUUUCAUUGUGGGAAGCUUUGUAACUGUGAUUUCAGCUUCUUUCUUAAAUAUAGUAUUACUCAGAUAAUCUGUUUUUGGAUGUGGGUGGAUGAUUUACAUCUUUGAAAGCAAUUUUUUUCUAUUUCAUCUAAGUCAUUGAAUCUGUGUGAAAUUGUCCAUAAUACUUCCUUUUGAAUAUCUUCAGACUCUGUAGUGCUUAUUUAUUUAUAAUAUCUCUCUCUGUAGCUUAGGCUCAACUGGAACUCACUAUAUAGCCCUUAAAUUUGUGGAAAUCCUUCUGCCUCAGUCUCCUAAAUGAUGGGAUUAUAGGUGUGAGCCAUCAUACCUGGUUCUGCUCUCAUUUAAUAUUGGUAAUUUGUGUCUGUACUCAUUUAUCAAAUUAGUCUGGCUAGAGAAUUAUCAGUUUUAUCGAUCUUUUUAAAGAACCUUCUCUUUUUAAUUUUUAAAUUUAUUUUUAUGUGUAUAGAUGUUUUGCUUGCAUGUAUAUUUGGCCAUGCCUGAUGCCUGAGUGAAGUCAGAAGACAGCAUUGGAUCCCCUGAGACUAGAUUACAGACAGUUGUGAUCUGUCAUGUGUGGAUGUUGGGAAUUGAACCUGGUCCUCUGGAGGGCAACCAGUGCUCUUAACCACUGAGUCAUCUCUUUGGUCUCACUCUCUUUCAUUUUUCUGUUUCACUGACUUCAGCUUUUGUCUGUAUAGUUUUGUUUUUCUCCUUGCUUACUUUAGGCUGAGUUUGCUCUUUUUCUAGUUUCUUAAGAUGGGAGCUAAGGUCAUUGAUUUAGCAACCAUUUUCUUUUCUAACAUAGGCAUUUAGUACUAGACAUUUCCUCAUAAAUAUGCUUCAUUAGCAUCCUAUAAAUUCUAAUAUGUUGUAUUUUCAUUUAAAAUAUCAGUUCACUUAAAAUAUCUUCAGUAUAUCUUUCUUAGAUUACAAAGCAAAUAUAUGCUUAUUAUUUUAAAAACAUUUCAAAGGUGUGCAAUUAUGAAAUAGAAUUUGAAUUAUUGACCUUUGAAAGAAAACUGUUUUUAAAAUAAUUUUUCUCCGGUAGAAAUGAAGACUGACCUGAAUUUACUGUUAGAAUGUCUGAAGUAUCACAUGGGCAACCCUUUGUCACAAAAGGAAGUUUUGAUCACUAUUCAUUCAGUUUGUCAACAAAACAGUGAUGCAGGUGUUUAUUUCCGGGAAAUUGGUGGUUUGGUGUUUGUAAAAAAUCUUGCAAAGUCAAGUGAGCAUAGCAUGGUAAAAGAAGCAGCCUUAUACACAUUAGGAUCUAUUGUAGAAGAAAAUGUUUACUGUCAGCAAACUUUGUGUACUUCAGAAUUAUUUCAAGAUUUAACUUUGCUCUUAUCUAAUGAUGAUUCAAACACAAAUUUGAAAAGAAUGUCCAUCUAUGUUCUUUUGGUUCUGGUUUCAAAUAAUAGGAAUGGACAAACGCUUGUAAGAGAAACAGGUUGUAUUGAAGUUCUGUCACAGUUGUUCAGGACAGUUCUUUCAAAUUAUGAAUUGAAUUUGUCAGAUAACAAUGUUUUCCAGAGUUAUCUGUUGUGGUCUUCAGUGUGUAGUACUCUGUGUGUCUGUGUCAACAAUCCUCAAAAUGAUGAGAAUCAAAUACUUUGUUGUUCACUUUUUCCAUAUGCUAAUGAAUGGCUAAUGAAUUGUAUGAAACCUGAGAUAAUUCGCCCUAUAUGCUCAUUUAUUGGACUUACUCUUGCAAAUAAUACACAUGUUCAGAACUGCUUUGUAUCUUCGGGUGGACUGGAUGUUUUGUCGCAAGUUCUUGUGCAACUGGAGUCUGAUUCACACAAUACUUUUUCCAGUGCUAAGCUUGCAGUGGUAGUGACAAAGACCGUGGAUGCAUGUAUUACUAAUAAUUUAGCUACCUUUUCAGUGGUGUUAUCCAAAUACCACAUUGUUUCAAAACUUCUGGCAUUACUGCUUCAUGAAAGUCUUGAUUCAGGAGAAAAAUUUAGCAUCAUACUUGCCAUUGGUCACUGCACAGAGGAUUGUGAGGAAAAUCAAUAUGAACUUUUAAAAAACAAUGGGUUGCCACUAAUGAUACAAGCCUUAACUGAAUUUAAUAAUGAAGAACUAAACAAAGCUGCCACUUAUGUGCUUCAGAACUGCAAAACAAUUACUGAGAAAUUAUCUCUAAGUCUAGGAGAGAAUUCUUUUGAUGAAAAUGAAGCUGACCAACUAAAGGACAUAAAUGAAAAAGAGAAUCUUGAAGAGCACUGGAAGGCAGCAAAAGAAAUUAUAUGCAGAAUAAAACAAUUUGAAAGAGAAGGAAAAGAGGAAAAAUUACAAAGUGGACAAUAUAAGGAUAAUACCUCAUCUAUGAAAAUAAAAAUACAGAACACUUUGAAACAUCUCUGUGCAGAUAGUAUUGGAGGUACCAAAGCAGAAAAUAAGGAUACAAACCAGUCUAAACAGCGUCCUAGUUAUAAGUCCAGUGGAAUCAUAUCUAAAGCUUGUGCAAAUGAAAACCAAAUGAAGACUCUGAAAAAGAACACAAAUCCCCUUAAUCCUUGCUAUAGGGAGAGAGGGCAGAGUAAGAGUUUACAUAAAGCCACUUCAAGCUGCACUCAAAUCUUAAAUGAAAAAAUGACCUUUAACCAAAAGGAUUCUGUUUCUCAAUCAAGUGACCAUGUUUUCAAACAUCUGACUCACACUGUCAAAAAUAGAAAGCAGCAGGUACCAGUAACAGAUCCAUUUACAUUGUGUUUAGACAUAAUAGAUAAAGAAGUUGGUUUUCAAGCAACUGACAAAAUGUUGAAUUAUAGGUGCUCAGGUUGCAUAGUGGUAAGAAAACUCAACAGCCGAAAUUUUAGCAAGCUUUUGCACUCUUGUGCAUACCAAUGUGAUCAUCAUAAAGUCAUUAUGGAAGCUGAAGAUAAAUAUAAAAGUGAACUAAGGAAAGGAUUUAUCUGUGACAAAGAAAUUUUGCUGACUCCCCGUAGAAGAAGACAACUUAGUAAAGAAUCUACUGCCCCUGAAGGACUAAAACCUACUCAUCAAAAACCAGACAGUCAAAAACUUCCAGACUUGGAGGAACAUGCCUGUAAUACCAACAUUCCAGAGGCUAAGGCAAGAAGAUUCCAAGUUCCAGGCCAGCAUGGACUACAUAAAAAAAGAAGAAUUCGUAAAAACUUUACCAAAGAAGAAGUAAAUUAUCUUUUGCAUGGAGUUAAAAAAAUGGGAAAUCAUUGGAAUUCAAUUUUGUGGUCUUUCCCCUUUCAAGAAGGACGAAGGGCUGUAGAUCUUGCUCACAAAUACUACAAGCUGAUCAGAAGCCCCAACUGUGCAGCCAUAUGACUAGAGGAGACUCAGUUUUUUGUUUUGACUCUUAAAAUAGAAUUUUUAGGAGAUACAAAAUACUAAAUAGUCUUCUAAAGUCUUAAGAGACAAGAAAUGAUGAGAGUUUAAAUGAUUUUUGUGUCACAAACUCUUUAAAACGUUACAAUAAUUUAUAAGCAAAUGUAUUUUCAAUGUGAAAAUUAGAUAGAAUUUCUUCAUGAGGCCAAAUAUGUUGUGCCUUUACUUUUCCUUAUAGUCAAAGAACACAGAUCAGAAGAAAAAAAGUAGCAGCCUUUAAACAUCACUUAACAUUAUAUUGCCACAAAUAGUGUAUGAGACAUUUGCAUUUCAGUAUUUUUGCCUAGUGCCAAUGUCCACUCUAGAACUAAGAAAAUUUCUCAAGCUGUUCAGCUAAGGCUCUCACUCAAUAAAUAAAUAUUUGACAUUUGUUAAUUGAAAUGAUUCCUCUUCUAAAGAUUAAUUACAAAAUUGUAUUAGUGCUCUCAUAUUCUGUGAUCAAAUUCUUGUUUUGCUCUAUGUUCAUUUGCUUUGUUUAUUCAUUACAUUGUAUUGAUUUAUUGUGUAUAUGUGUAUGAGUGCCACAGGGCACAUGUGAAGGCCAGAGAAAACCACUUGCAGAAGUUAGUUUUUUCCUUCCACUGUGUGCGUCCUAGGGGUCGAACUCAGUUUGUCAGGCAGGGCAGCAAGUGCCUUUACCCACCAAGCCAUCUUGCUGGUUGCUUUAGUUGUUUUACAGUGUCUCUCAUUUCCUCUUCCUGUCCUUCCACAUCUUUUUUCCCUUGUUAAUGAGCCUCAGCUACUUCAUGCUGUAGCUCUCAAGAGCUUAAUCACUGCUGGACAUAUUAUUGUCUAUUUGUAAUGUAUGGCCUUAGAAGGGGCUCAACUUCUCUCCUGUACCCAAUUUUAUGAACCUGAUUUUGAUGUCUUUUUACAUUCUGUGUGACAAUUUUCCAAUAAUAGCUAAUAUAGUUAUACCUUUUACAUUAUUUUCAAAUAAUUCUAUCCUGUUGGGUUUGUUUGUGAUAUGGUCUUUUGUAACCCAGGCUGGCUUUAUACUCACUAUAUAUCCUAGAAUGGCUGCCUUUGUUUUUGUUUAGCAGAUCUGGGGCUUGACCCUAGAACAUUGUAUUUGCUAGUCAAGUGUUCUCCCACUGAGUUACAGCCCCAGCCCUGGUUUUGUUUUUGAGACAGUAUCUCACUAUGCAGCCCAGGCUGGUUUUGAACUCAUUAUCCCCCUGCCUUAGCUUUCCAAGUGUUGGGAUCAUAGGUUUCUGCCACCAAGCCCAGUUUGUGGGAUGCUGGGAAUGUAUCCCUACACCAGCACUGUUAACUGAGUGGUAUCUCCAGCUCAUGGUUAUGUUUUUGUUAAACCCUACUGUAAGACUCUAAGAGUUCCCAUUAAAUUUCUCAUUUUGUUA